AGGCCUUCCUCGUCGACAUACGGCAACACUGUACUUCAAGGAAAAACAAAAGACCUAUAGUCAGAACUCAGAAGUUUCGUCUGAAUACGAAGACGCCGUAAAGUGAAAAAGAAACAAAACAAACAAAAAACAAAAAUGGAAGAAAUCGGUAAUCGUGAUUCAAGCAAUGUUGUACAAGAUUUCAAAUUCAAGAAACCUAAGAGAAAGCCUCUGAGACAACGCAUUGAUGUUGAAGGAAAAGACGAAGAUCCUAGUGAUGGUAGUGAUGAAAUCGACGUAUUAACCAAGUUGGAAGAAACAAAAGAGUUGCAAAAACUGAGAGAAAGACCUCAUGGAAUCAGUGCUGUUGCUUUGGCACUUGGAAAAAAGAUAACUAUUGAAGAAGAAGUUACAGUGACUGAUCCAUUUAAAGUCACAACGGGUGGAAUGGCUGACAUGAAAGCUGUUAAAGCUGGGAAACAAAGUAGUUCAUUAGUGGACGAUGCAUAUGAAACUGGGAUAGGUACUCAGUUUUCAGUAGAGACAAACACUCGAGAUGAAGAUGCUGAAAUGAUGAAAUACAUUGAGGAACAGCUUGCAAAAAGGAAAGGUCUAAUGCAAGAAGAUGAAGAUAAAGCUAACAAAUACUUGACGCCAGAGGAGAUAGCCUUUUCCUCUGUACCUGAAUACCUAAGGAUGAAAUCUAGUAUCCAAUCAGAAGAAAUGUUAUCCAACCAAAUGCUUAGUGGGAUUCCAGAAGUUGAUCUAGGCAUUGAGGCAAAAAUUAAAAACAUAGAAGCAACUGAAGAAGCCAAGCAAAAGCUACUACAAGAAAGAUUGAGGAAAAAAGAUGGCCCAUCUAUGUUUGUCCCAACUAACAUGGCCGUUAACUUUGUUCAGCACAACAGAUUUAACAUUGAAGAAUCAGGUCCACCACGGAAAAAGCGUGCAGAAGCUUCUGUUAAACCAGUCGUCAGUGUUCCUGUUGAGUUACCUAGAAGAAUAGACAAUGCGAGUGGGAAAAAGGAGCAUGAUAAGGCGAGUGAUGAUUUUUAUUUCGAAAAGUUUCGACGUCAGUUCCGAAGAUGAUAAUGGUUCAAAAUUUUGUCGAGGAAAUAUAUACAUUUUCAAUCAAA